AUGGGGCUUCAAGGGCGUCCCUGGCAGCGCGGAAGGGAGUGGGGAGCAGUUGAUGUGUUGGGCAAGGAUUGGCUAUACAAGGAGUACGAGGCGCUUUACAAGGAGUAUGAGGCGCUAAACAAGGAGUAUGAGGCGCUUUACAAGGAGUAUGAGGCGCUACACAAGGAGUAUGAGGCGCUUUACAAGGAGUAUGAUGAGCUACGCAAGGAGUAUGAGGCACUACACAAGGAGUAUGAGGCGCUACACAAGGAGUAUGAGGCGCUACACAAGGAGUAUGAGGCGCUACACAAGGAGUAUGAGGCGCUACACAAGGAGUAUGAGGCGCUACACAAGGAGUAUGAGGCGCUACACAAGGAGUAUGAGGCGCUACACAAGGAGUAUGAGGCGCUACACAAGGAGUAUGAGGCGCUACACAAGGAGUAUGAGGCGCUAUACAAGGAGUAUGAGGCGCUUUACAAGGAGUAUGAGGCGCUUUACAAGGAGUAUGAGGCGCUUUACAAGGACAGUGCUAGCCGUUCGCUUCACCACUCGCACCCCAAACGGCGCCUCCCCAGCCGCUCUCUCCCUCCGCCACGCCAGUGCCUCCUCGAGAAAGCCUUGCAGGGGAGUGAAAGGCACUCUGGUAACGAGAAGGAAAGUCGGAGUGGGAAGAGGUGA